AUGGCCACAAAUACUACCAAGCCCAUACAUAGUCUUGUCAUUGAUGCAGGACCAAUAAUUAAGAAUGAUCCCUCAGCCUCUACGCUUCUUGGACAAGCAGAAAACCUCUACACAAUUCCCCUCGUUAUUGACGAAAUCAAAGAUGCCGUUACAAGAGCCAGAUUCGAAACCACCCUGCUACCUUUCCUCAAACUAAGAGCGCCUCGUUCAGCUAGCAUUAAAGUUAUAACCGAUUUCGCACGGAAAACGGGUGAUUUGGAAGUACUUAGCAGACAGGAUAUCCAUUUAAUGGCACUAGCAUAUGAGCUUGAAUGUGAACGGAAUCAUGGAGAUUGGAGAUUACGAAGUGUGCCAGGACAGAAGAGAUUAAAUGGAGCUCCCCCUGCAUCAUUAACAGAAGAGAAACCGGCCGAUACCACAGAGGCGCAAGAAGCAUCCAUGGAUGCUGCAGCGCAACCAAAAAUUGAAACUAGAGGCGCAUGGGGAACAUCAAUACCUCAAGCAGCAGAAGAAUCCAGCAUCGAGACUCAAUCUAUUGAGGAAGCAUUAGAAGCCGCCCACAUAUCCACCAUCGAGGAGCCGGAAAGCAUAGACAAACCAGCAGAAGCAUCAGUCACAGGAGAACAGGCCGAAGAACCAACUUCCACAACAGAGCCCGAAACAACUCGCGAAACUGCGCAUGAAUCAACGAAUAUAGAAGAAGUUCCCGCGUCCGAAUCCGACGCUGAAGACGACGGCGAAGGAUGGAUCACGCCUUCCAACCUCAAAAAGCACCAACAAAAAGACAACAACGGCACCUUCGAGCCCCAGGAAGAACAAAAAACAAUCCAAGUAGCCACCAUCACCAGCGAUUACGCCAUGCAAAACGUCAUGCUACGUAUGAACCUCAACUUACUCUCACCCUCUCUCCAACGCAUUCGUCAACUCAAAACCUGGGUCUUGCGAUGCCACGCCUGUUUUGGCAUCACCAGAGAUAUGACGAAGCAAUUCUGCGGACGCUGCGGAAAACCCACUUUACUCCGAACAUCCUGCUCCACCGACAAAGAUGGAAAUGUCAAGGUGCAUCUCAAGAAGAAUAUGCAAUGGAACAACAGAGGAAAUGUAUACAGUGUGCCCAAACCGGUUGCCGGGACAGCGAAUGGAAAGAAUAUUAAGGGUGGUGGAAAGGGAGGGUGGGGUAAUGAUUUGAUAUUGGCUGAAGAUCAAAAGGAGUAUGUGAGAGAAAUGGCUACUUCUAGGAGAAAGAAGGACAAGGAUCUCAUGGAUGAAGAUUAUCUACCCAGUAUUCUGACUGGAGACCGUGGGCGGGCAGGCGGUAGACCAAAAGUUGGAGCGGGCAAAAAUGUUAAUUCCAAAAAGCGACAUUAG